GGUGGCCUUUGUUGAAAUCUUGAACAAGUAAUGACAGAAAAGGUUUACCUUCCGGGUGAAAAGGUGUUUGUAUACCAGGGACCGUUGUUAUAUGAUGCCAAAGUUUUGAAGACGUUUGAUCCAGUAACUCAGAAAGUGGAGUCCUUCGAUGAGAAAAAGAAAGAACAGGUCUAUUCAGCUCCUAACAAAAAAUUCCCUCAAAAGUUCUUAUCUGAAGUUUGUUAUAUGGUACAUUACCAAGGGUGGAAUGCCAAAUGGGACGAAUGGGUCUUACCGUCUCGGAUAUUGGAAGUGAACAACGAAAAUCUGAUGUUGAAGGAGAAUUUAACUUUUGAGAUGCAAGAACAAGAGCGUCUUCAACGAGAAGCUUUAGAGGAAGAAGAUCGGAAGAAGGAGAAAGAGAAGACAAAGUUAACCAUAAAAUUACAGAAAAGAAUACCUGGAGACUCCAGAAGAAAAUCAUCGCCCAGUUCUUCAGAAAAGCCGGAAAAGAACGAAGAUUCUGGUAUUCUUUCGAUAAUAAAUGGAAAUGGGAACAAGAAAGGGCGGGGAAAGACGAAAACUGGAAACUUGAAGCAUAAAGAUGAUGAGUCAAGAGAUAGAUGCUCUUCUGAUAUAGAGAAUAGCGUCAAACGAAAAAGACUCAAUGGGGCGUCUUCCAAGAAUGAAGCAAAUCACUAUGAAUCCAAAACGGGAUUUACACAUCACGAGAUUAAAACUCUUGUUCCCGACGCAUUGAAAAUUAUUUUGGUGGACGACUGGGAGAAUAUAACAAAGAACAACAAGCUGGUUUCCCUGCCGGGAAAAUGUUCAGUCUCCAAAACGCUUGAUGAUUUCAUGUUAUAUCUCCAACGGGAGUUCAGCGAAGAGGUCUCAGAACUGGACAUUUUUCUGGAAAUGACACAAUCGAUCAAACUGUACUUUGAGCAGUGCUUAGGCACGUUCUUACUAUAUCGAUACGAGAGGCCCCAAUAUAGUGAUAUUCUCGACAAGGAAAAUGACUCUCACUUGUAUGACAUUUACCCAUCAAUCUUCUUGUUGAGACUGUUGUCGAUUUUUCCGAAUAUUCUUGUGAUGAAUAACGUAGACCCGGGAACUGUGCGCAUAAGCAAAGUAUAUUUGGAUAUCAUACUUUUUUGGCUGGAUCACAACAAAGGCACAUAUUUAGUAGAGGAAUAUGAAAAUCAAAGUCCGUGGAUAGCACUAAUGCAAGGAUAAGAAACCAGCUGCUGUUGGUUGAAGGAAGAGCAAAAACUGUUGUUCAUGUAUAGAUAGAACGAGGUCACACUAUUAGUUAGUUGAGCUCUUUGAUUCACUUACGAUUAAAAUUAAAAAUUAAGUUAAGAGAUAAAAAAAACGUAAACCCUAAAUAUACACUAUGUCAUUG